UUUAAAAAAUAUCUCAAAUUAUCAUAAGACAUACGACAACGACAGAUGACGAACCCUUGUUUCUCAAAUUCUGGGGUUUUCAAGUUUCCAUUGUGAGAUUCGGGAGAUGGCAAAUUUCAUAGAGAUUUGGAGAGUUCUUUUCUGUUUUGUGUAUUCUGUUUCGAAAUUGAAAAGGAACGGUGAAGGAAUUGUGAGGCAAACUGAAGGAAAAAAAAAAAGGUGAAAGAGUUGUCUGUGAUUGGAGCUUUGAAGAUGAACAGGAGAAUUAAUGUUCGUUUACAUGUUGGAGGAUAUUGGGCAGAAGAUGGAACAUACAAUGGUGGUGAAACAAAAUGUUGCUGGAUUAAUUUUGAAGAACCCAGUUUCAGAAUGCUUGAAUGGAUGAUAUCAAGUGGUGGAUUUCCAGAGAAUAUGAGCAAGUUCUCUUAUUUCCCGUCAGGAAUAGACCAGAAUAGGAAGGAUGUUACUUGUGAUACAGAUGUGGUGGAAAUGGUAAAUGCCUUGAAUGAGAUAGAUUGCGUGAACAUCUAUGUUGUUAGAGCUGAUGAUCCUUAUUUGGAUGAUGUUCUCAUUGGAGGAGAUGAAGAAGAAGAGGAACCCAAGAGUGAUGAUGAAUGGAUUGAUUUUUACAGAGAUGAUUAUGUUGAGAGUGAAGACUCAGAUGAUGACGGGGGAGUAGUUGGAUUUCAUGUUGGCCAAGAAUUUAUUUCUCAAGCAAAGUGUAGAGAGACUGUGGAGAAGUAUGCAGUGAAAGAGAGGUUAAAUCUCCGUUUUCAGAGAUCUGAGAGGAAGAAAGUAGCAGUCGAAUGUGUAGGGGAAAACUGUGAAUGGAGGCUAUAUGCAUCGAUUAAUAGCAGGUCACCGAAUAUGGUUGUGAGAUCGUAUAGAGGAACUCAUACUUGCUACCCAACAGGAGUUGUUGAUAUGUACACUGCUCUAAAGAUUGCAGGUGAUUUCUUGAAUGAGUUUAGGACAAACCCAAACCUCAAAGCUGAUCAGAUAAUGCAGCGGUUGGCUCUGAAGGGUCUUCGCGUUCCUAAGACGAAGUGUCAGAGUGCAAGGCAGAUGAUGUUGCACAUAAUCAGUGAUGAAUAUGCUGAGCAGUUUACAAGGAUGUAUGACUACGUUGAAGAACUGAAGAAGACAAAUCCUGAUUCUACAGUCAUAUUAGGUACAAAAGAGAGGGUUUUUGAGAAGUUUUAUACUUGUUUCGAAGCUCAAAAAACAGGCUGGAAGAGUGCAUGUAGGCGUAUCAUUCACUUUGAUGGAACAUUUUUAAAAGGCCGCAUGAAAGGGCAAUUGCUUACUGCAGUGGGAAGAGAUGCAAAUAACUCAAUGUUUAUUAUUGCUUGGGCUCUUGUUCCUGUGGAAAACAAGGUGUAUUGGCAGUGGUUCAUGGAGUUAUUGCGAGAAGACUUAGAUUUAGAUCUUGGAAAUGGGUUGGCAUUAUCUUCGGACCAGCAAAAAGGUUUGAUUCAUGCCGUUAAAAAUGUGGUCCCUUAUGCAGAGCAUAGAAUGUGUGCGAGGCAUAUCUUUGCCAACUUGAAGAAAAGACAUGGCUCAAAUGAUCCUUUGCAUAAGUUGUUUUGGAAGUGUGCAAGAGCUUACAACAGAAAUGUAUUUGAUAGAAAUCUGGAGAAGAUGAAAGCUGUCAAAGUUGAUGCUUACGAGGAAUUAAAAAGGACUGUCAAUUCUAACUGGUCUAGGGUUUUUUUUAGUGACAUUACAAAGUCCCCAGCUGUUGAAAAAAAUAUAAGCGAGUCUUACAAUGCUAUCUUGAAAGAGGCUCGUCGAAAACCAGUUAUUGCAUUGCUUGAAGACAUUAGGAGGCAUGUUAUGUCAAGCAACAAUGUGAAGAUCAAGGAGAUGAAUAAUGCUAAAGGAUUGAUUACACCAAAAGCUUUAGCUAUCAUAGAGAAUCGCAAGAAGAGCUUGAAGUGGUGUCAUCCAUAUUCAAACGGCAAAGGCAUCUACGAGGUUGAUCAUGGAAGAAACAAGUAUGUUGUGAGAGUAAGAGACACUGUUUCAUGCACUUGUCGGGCUUAUGACAUAAGUGGCAUUCCUUGCUGCCACAUAAUGUCUCUAAUGUACGCUGAAUUUAAAGACACAAGACUGCCAGAGACUGUGGUAUCAGAUUGGUAUUCUGUUGAGAAGUGGAAGCUCUGUUACAGCUCGCUUAUUUUCCCCGUCAAUGGAAUGGAGUUAUGGGAUAAACAUUCUGAUGUAGUUGUCAUGCCUCCUCCCGAUAGAAUCAUGCCUGGCAGACCAAAAAAGAAUUACAGAAUCCGUGAUCCAAGUGAAAAAGACAGCCGUGAACCAAGUCAAACCCAAGAUGGAAUUUCCGAGCUAGAAGAAACACCUUCAGAGAAAAUUGUUGUGAGAUGUUCUAAUUGUGGAGCUUAUGGACAUAACAAAAGAACGUGCAAGGAAGCACCAAUCAAUCCGCCUAACCCACCAAAACCACCUCCAGAAUUUCCUUCCUUUCAUGCCGACAUUGUAAUGACUUGUGGUAAUUGUCGUCAAAGUGGACACAACAAACAAAAAUGUAAGCUACCCUCGGUGCCUAAGCCUCCUAAUAUGCGACAAGGAAGACCAUCCAAGAAACCAAAGGCAUCCACACCAUCCACUGAAGUUGACUCAACUAAAGACUCUUGAUGAAUUAGCUUAUUUUGAUGUUCUUAUUUAGGAUUAUCUCAGUUUAAGGUCUCGGAAAAAGGUCAUUAGAACCUUCUUUGGUGUUUCAAAUUAGAACUUCUUUGGUGUUUCAAGGUCAUAAGAACCUCCUUUUGUCUCGACACCAUGUUACUCUUCUUUUGGUUUUUUGUAAGUUUCAGGUUUAUGAAAAGAAUUUCAUGUUUCUGUGUA